ACUGACUGACUGAUGAAUUCGUUGAUUGAUUGAUUCAUUCAUCAUCCCCGUCGUUCGUUCGUUCAUUCGGCCACCACUCGAUCAGACCGACCGUGCCCUGGUGUCCGUGCGCGUGCCUGUGUCCGUGCCUGCAACAUCACAGGCUGCAGAGCGACAGAGAGUCUGAGAGGGAUCCUGGGAGAGAGAGAGGCAGAAAAGGAGAGAGGGAAAGGGAGAGACACACACACACAUACAAACAGAUAGAUUCUACCAUACCUCCUGUUGCGCUGUGAAAAGCGAAAUGGCAGAUCCCUGACUAAUCUCUCUCUCUCUCUCUCUCUCUCUCUCUCUUGCACCAUCGACCCCCUCCCCUCCCUCCUCCCCACCCCUCCCCCCUCCCCGACCCUCUGAGCUCUCCUCCCCGACCCUCCAGUCGUCCCUCGCUCUCCUUACGACUAGGACAGGGCGCCCUGCCCGUUGACAGGGCUGUUUGGGCUUGCGCUUUGCUUUGGGUAGGCUGCCGGUCCUAUCUCGCGAAGCCGCUAGGCCAUCAGCGCUCCUGGCCUGGGAACACUACUCACAUUCCACGCACAACAACCCGACGACAUACAUAUCGAAUACCCCGACUGUACGGACCGCAGAGACACGUCGUCGUCGUCGACCCGCUGCCGUCUGCAGGACUCCAACACAUCGCUCCAUCCCCCCCAACUGAUCCCGCACUCCUCCUAACCACCCUUCGCCGCUACCUGGCAGCCGGCGUCGUGGUGCGCAGUCGCAGUGAAACGAAGUCGCGCCAACCGCUCCGAACGAGCCCUCUGGCGUGCUUGACUGUCUUACUGCUGUCUGGGCUACUGGAUACAUACGCUGCUGCUGCUGGAAUCCGCGUGCUACGCAACGACACGACACGGCACGAUACGACACGACACGACACGACGAGACACGACACGACACCCAACACCUUUCCACACCCCCCACCCGCCGACAGGACGACAGGACGCACCGACGGUCAGAAUUGCACGUUCACGGGGACUGUAUCACUCAUACGCCAGACCCGUGGCAGUGUCGUGGAGCGCUGGAGGCGUACUGCCUACUGUGUACUACGCAAAAAGUCGGGUGGCCGCGACGGCUCCGCUGUCUGUGACAAGCAGUUGGUCGCUCGUCCGCGAAGAGGAUACCUAGACACCACCACUCUGGCACGCUGCACACGACCGUGAGACUGUUGCAGUCUCACCAAUCCAAACUGGCGUCAAUAUCGGAACCUUUGAGGCAAGUCUGUCAGACUUUUGGGAGAAAGAAGAGUAUGCUCGUACGGAAACCUUCCUCAAACUUCACCUCUUCCUCCACCUCUACCUCGUCCACAUCCACCACGUCGAGCAAGUACUCUACCAGCUCGUCAUUCUCCACUGUGGACUGCGACGCGGACGCUCUGGACACCAUGUCCUCUAGCGAUCCUGACGCUCCGCUGAGGCCACUAUCUGUCGCGAUACCGGGAGGGAGUGUCCACGGCCCCUACUGUCCGCGGAGGCCCAACCUGCGCGAGAUACUGGCCAACACAUCACCGUCUCCAUGGACACUGGCGGCGUUCAUGGCAUAUCUGUCGAACAAUCACUGCUUGGAAACAUUGGAAUUCACCAUGGACGCAGGGCGGUACAAGAAACAUUAUGCGAAGAUGAUGUCCCGAGCGCAGAGCGACGGCUUACCGCCUGCGAAAGAUCGCGAAUAUGUGCGGGCGCUGUGGCAGCGUUUGGUGGAGGCUUACAUCCAGCCCAACGGCUCGCGCGAGGUGAACUUGCCCUCCGACGUGCGAGAUCCCAUCAUCAACCUCAAGCCCAAAGACAUGCCACCCACACCAGGGUCUCUCGAUCCCGCGGUCGCCAAGAUCUACGAACUGAUGGAGGAAUCCGUCCUCGUGCCAUUCCUCAACAGCGUAUACCCCCAAUCAGCACAUCCCACUGUCAAUUCGUGCCCGUAUAAUACCUCGGACGAGAGCAUGUCGAUGAUGUCCAGAACGUACGAGGACCGAUCGAUGUACCCCCGGCGAUCACGACAUGGGCGUCGAGACUCACCACCUCAGGCGCAUACCCAGUCUGCCGUCGAACCACACGCCCCCUCGUACUACUCGCACGGAGGACGCUACCGGCAACCUGCGCCGGCUCCGUUGACGUCGCCACACAAGUCCCGUUUCUCCAUGAAGCUUCUACCGACCACAUCUCAGCCUUCCACAAGCAUGUCGAGCUCUGCGGUCACAGAAUCGGGUUCAGAUGCCAAUCUUUCCGGGGCCGGGACCGCCAGCGGUGCGGGCAUGACGGACGAUAGCGGCAGUCCUGGCAGCCCGCCCCACGACAGUCCGAGAACUCCGCCAGAUAGUCCGCCCACGAGCGAUGCACACAGUCCCAAGCAGCGAGACUCGGGCAUGUGGAAGAAACUCGGGCGACUCAGUGGGAUGAAGGUCGGCAAGAAAAAGAGUCUUGGCGGACUCAGUUCGCAAGACGAAUGACCCUCAUGCGCCGUGAUGAAGGGUCCUGGGGACUCGCUUAGAACAUUGAAGCACGAUGAACCCAUUAUUACAGCUUUUGAAUCAUGGUGUCCGAAUUUGCGAAAAGAGGAAAGAGACGUUUUUAUUUUACGCCUUCGCAGAAACAUCGCUGGGCGAUAUUGAACAUGGUAGUAUGGCGAUCCAACGACUUCUUACUACCACCACACACACGAGUACCUGGAAAUUGUAGCGUUCACGUUUUGAUGUCGAGCCAGGACCAAUGAUGGACCCGGCACAACCAACAACUAGAAGAUGUGUUUUUUUUCGCGGCGUUUGGUGGGCAGGGUCUGGGACACGAUAAAGCAGCACAUCUGGGUCAAUGGAUCAGCAGAGGCGACGUUUUUUGAUGAUGAGAAUGAAGAAGCAAACAAGGAAGGGAUACCUGACGAGGAACAUGUUCCGAUGGGGGAAAAGCAGCAAAUCCUCAUCCUUCUUUUUUGGUUCUUCGAUCAGUGUGUACAUAUAACUCGCAUAGUGGAUGAUGUACUUGGUCAUGCGGAGAGAGGAAGAAGGAGAGAGAGGGGGGAGAGGGAGAGGGUACGUAUAUCAGCGUGCCAGAUUUGAAAGAGGUCCUCGGCACUCGGGUUACCUGUCUGGAGAAAGCGAGAUAGGGAAACAAAC